AUGUUGAAUAAUUCACUGCGAGGAUUUGAUGGAAGUUUGGGAGUUGAAUUUUUGCAGCAUAUUGGUACAAGAGGAAGAUAUUUACAUUUACUUUACGAGUUGAUUGAUUUAUUAUACUUUAUUCCUUCAGUUUCUGUAUUUAUUUCAUGUGUAUUAUAUUCGAUAUUUUCGUCCACGAACAAAACACUUGCCAAUGUCAUGUGUUUGUCACCAAUAGUUCAUGUAAUAUUUGGAGUAUUAGAACAUUUGAAUACUAUAUCAGCAACUUUUCAUUAUGAUUUCUUUAGCCCAAUGAAAAUAACAAGAGAUUACUUGACAAGAGCUUCUUUUUGGUGUCACUACAAGUGGAUUUCAUUUGGAAUUUUAAUUGUUAUUACAAUAAUUGGAGUUUUCUGUUUUUUAUGUGGAUUGCUGUGUAGUGGUGACUGUUUGGAUUUGAGUGCCUCUAAUUAUUAUUACAGAGGAGUCAAUCAAGAUGAAGACAGUGACGAAGAAUAUGAAAUUUCUGUGGCAGAUGAUGUUUUAGGACACGCCACAUAUGAUGAUAAAUAA